AUGUAUGAGCAGUUCAUUGAAGAAUAUUUGCGAUUGGGUCACAUGAGAGAGGUGACGGAUGACGAUGAAUCAACAGCCCCACAGUAUUAUAUACCGCACCAUUACGUGCUUCGGCCUGACAGUUCAACCACAAAACUGCGCGUGGUAUUUGACGCAUCAUGCACCACCAGCAGUGGCAUUUCUCUCAAUGAUUCUCUUUUGAUCGGUCCAACGGUGCAAGAUGAUUUGCUUGCAAUUGUUUUGCGAUUUAGGCUACAUCGGUAUGCUGUUGUCGCCGACAUCGAAAAAAUGUACCGCAUGGUACGAGUUCAGCCCGGCGAUUGGCGGCUGCAACGAAUAUUUUGGCGAGCGAAUCGGAAUGAAUUUAUUCGCAUUUUUGAACUUCAAACCGUCACUUACGGGACAGCGUCAGCACCGUAUUUGGCGACGAAAUGCUUGAAACGCCUAGCAGAACUCGACGGAAGCAAGUAUCCAGCAGCAGCGAAGGUACUGGCGGAAGAUUUUUAUGUCGAUGAUAUGAUGUCCGGAACUGAUAGCAUCGACGAAGGUGUGCGGCUGUGCGCCAGUAUGCAAGCACUAUUGAACGGAGGUGGAUUCACACUGCGUAAGUGGAGUUCUAAUUGUCCUGCCAUACUAGAACAGAUACCAGACGGAUUCAAAGAUGAUCGCACGUCAUUUGAGUUGGAUGAAUGGAGUGCCACAAUAAAAACACUAGGGCUCAUCUGGGAGCCCCGUCUAGAUUGCUUUAAAUUCAGGAUUCCUGAGUGGAAUUCUUCAGAAAUUUGUAAGCGUACUGUCGUGUCUGACCUGGCAAAGGUUUUCGAUCCGCUUGGACUAGUUGGCCCGAUUGUCAUCACAGCAAAAAUAUUCGUCCAAUCCCUCUGGAAGCAGAAGGUUUCGUGGGACGAAACACUUGCACAUGAGCUCAAAAUGCAGUGGAACGAAUUUCGGCAUGGCUUGGAGAAUCUAGUUAAUUUGAAGGUACCGCGGUGGAUUGCAUUCAACAACGACUGUCGCACAGUUGAGCUACACGGGUUUUGCGAUGCAUCGACAGUGGCCUACGGGGCUUGCAUUUACUUGCGAUGCACACAUCACGACGAAAGCGUUACAUCGCACCUGAUUGCCGCGAAAUCAAGAGUCGCACCGCUUGAGGAUAUGAAAAAGCGAAAGAAAAAGCAAUCUAUUCCACGUUUAGAGCUGUCGUCUGCCUUACUACUGACACAUUUGAGUGAGAAGGUGGUUAGCAGUUUGAAGAUUUCGGCCCGUCAACAUUAUUGGACAGAUUCAAUGAUAGUGCGAUAUUGGCUUGCAUCGGUUCCAUCGCGUUGGCAAGUGUUUGUGGCCAACCGAGUGUCCGAAAUCCAGCACGCAACUAAAAAUGGAAGGUGGAGUCAUGUCCCAGGUACAGAUAACCCAGCCGAUGUUCUUUCGCGUGGCACUACAGCCGAACAACUGAUACACGAUAAGCUGUGGUGGGGCGGACCACAGUGGCUGCAAGGAGAUGAAACUGCGUGGCCGCAGAGUGUGGACAUCUCUGAAGCAAACUUCGCAACUUCUCUACUAGAAGAACAUUCUGCUGUUUGUACGGUAGCUCAUGUAUCUCCCCCAAAUGAGAUAUUUAGUUUGAAAUCGUCGUUAACAAGCUUGGUACGACUCGUGGCAUGGUUUCUGAGAAUCAAACACAACUGUUGCAAGGGCAAUCGCGAUAACCGAUGGUCUGGACAGUUAACGUUCAUCGAAAGAGAAACAUCGCUUCUUCAUCUCGUAAAAUUGGCUCAGCACGAGCGUUUCGGACAAGAAAUCAAGGAUUUGCUACAAAAAACCGAAGUUAAACCGACAUCCCGCAUUAAUUCACUCUGCCCAAAAAUCCUGGAUGGUAUAGUUCGCGUCGGCGGCCGGCUUGCGAAUGCGCAGAUUUCAACCGGAAGACGACAUCCGAUAAUUUUGGACAAAGAUCACCCGCUAACUGAACUUAUCGUAUUGCACUACCAUCAUAAGCUGCUACACGCAGGGCAACAGCUGCUCAUUGCCAGUGUUCGAGAGCGAUUCUGGCCAUUGAGCAUCCGCAAUCUCGCCCGCAAAAUCAUUCACCGUUGCGUCUUUUGCUUUCGAGUCAAACCAACUGUGCACGAGCAAUUGAUGGCUGAUCUACCCUCAGAAUGCGUGACACCUGCCCCACCGUUUUUACGUGUUGGUGUCGACUACUGCGGACCGUUCCAGACAAAUUACGCAAAUCGCAAGAAGGGUCCGCUAAAAUGCUAUGCUGCUAUUUUUGUAUGCCUCGUUACCAAAGCAGUUCACAUCGAAUUGGUUGCGAAUUUGACGACAUCCGCAUUUAUAGCUGCUUUUAAACGGUUUGUGGCGAGACGAGGUAAACCGUCGAUCGUCAUGUGCGAUAACGGCAAGAACUUUGUGGGAGCUAAGCGUGAACUAGAUGAACUGCGCAAGGUUUUUCUCACUCAGCGAUCGCAAGAGCAAAUUGUCUCAUAA